UCGGAGCUGUCAACCAACAUUCAAACGAACAAAACAUCAGAGUAUCUGCGUUGGUACUCAUCACGAGAGGCACACACACGUCAGUGCUGAGGGGCAGGCAGGCAGGCAGCUAAGCCACACGCAUCACAGAGACUUGCCAGGUAGGCCCGAUUGGCCUACGCUGACGCCGCACGACUCUCUCUUACAAAUGAAAAUGGCCGCACGAGACACAUCAAACGAACAGUGACACGAGACACAGACAGACAGACAGACAUCGGCCCCACUCAGCCAUUACUACCUCAGCACGCGCAGCACUUCUAUCUCAUCAGCAGUGAACUCCAGCGACCCACCCAACACCGCAUCGCCAUCCUCAUCUCUCACUCCCAUGUAGCCCUCAGGCAGAUACUCGCUGUCGAUGUACUGAUAGCAGCUGCGGAUAUCGGAACCAUCAAACUCACCAUCUAUAGCAGUGCCAUCUCCAUCAGCAUCAAACCCACUCCAGCCCAACUUCAGAUGAGGUGGUUGGCCAACCAUUAGCUUCGCUGUUCCCUGUCCCGUUCCCGAUAUCGCAAAGUAUACAUUGCUGUUCCUCUCCGCCAAGCUCACAGACUGCCUCUCUUCGUCGAUGUCGAUCUUGGUCGGCUUGUCGAAG